CCAAUUUUCAAACACUUUGUUUGAAGAAGAUGUUCCUAAUAUCGUCAAUUGGUCGUUGUUUGUGGUUCAAAAUGAGGCGUCGCUCUCCCUUUUACAUACAAUUUAUAGUGGUUUUAUUCAUUUGUGUAUUUUUAUACGAUAAAAUGGUGUUAGAGAGGCGGCAUUUUCGGUCCAAGAAGAUGGUUAUUCAAACAGAUUUAUUAGACUAUAAUGAAGAUGAACUUCGUCAUGGAUGGCCAUUUCAAAUAACGAAACAUUAUCAUAUGAACGAUCUUCGAACAUACACUUCAAAGAUGAAAAUUAUCUCAAAAUUUGAUUUUCCCGGUGAAAGAGGUGAAAGAAAACAAUCCUGUUAUCUUGAAAUAAGAUCAACUUCGACAGUGACAUCUAAGCGAUAUUUCCAUUUCUUAGGAGCUCCUGUUGUGCUUCCGCCAGUAUUGCAAAGUUUGGCAGAUGUUUCGUUUAGUGAAUAUCGAAUAAAUAUCGUGGCCAGUGACAAAGUCGCACCAAAUCGUACACUACCUGAUUUGCGCGAUUCAAAAUGUUUGGAUAUCAGAUAUCCAAGGCUAUUACCAAGUGCGUCUGUAAUUAUGGUAGUUCAUAAUGAAGCCUGGUCAGUUUUGCUGCGUGCCAUUUGGAGCGUAAUCAAUCGAUCGCCAGAUGAACUUUUGGAGGAACUUAUUCUGGUGGACGAUUUCAGCGACAAAGAGCAUAUGAAAGAAAAACUCGCAGAAUUUUUGCCCACUGUUUCGAGUAAAAUCAAAUUAGUGCGAACGGAGAAACGAGAAGGGUUAAUUCGAGCUCGUGUGAUUGGAGCGGAAAAAGCACAUGGUCAAGUAUUGAUCUUCUUGGAUGCAAAUACUGAAAGUAACGAUGGUUGGAUGGAGCCCUUACUAUCUCGAAUUGCAAGCGAUCGAUCGGUAGUAGCAAUUCCUCAUGUUGAUAAUAUCAAUUUCACUAACAUGGCGUAUGAGGAAUUUAACGAAGGUUUAAUGUAUGGCAUUGGCUGGAAUAUGUAUUACAGAGAAUAUCCAAUACCCGAGCGGGAAAUGAUAAGAAAUAAUGGUGAUGUAACGGCUCCAUAUCGAACACCAGCUCUGAUCGGUUGUGCCAUAGCCAUUGAUCGAGAGUUUUUCUUCGAAAUUGGCACAUUUGAUAUGGAGAUGAGCAUUUGGGGUGGUGAAAAUACCGAGCUAUCGUUGCGUGUGUGGCAGUGUGGCGGAGCGCUGGAAAUUAUUCCAUGCUCUAGGGUUGGGCAUCAAUUCCGAACUCUUCCAUAUUCAUUUAAUGGCGAUAAAAUUGCGGUCAGGAUUCGCAACACCAUGCGCACAGCAAGCGUUUGGAUGGAUGAAUAUAAGCCAUAUUUCGAUGUGAUUAUACCACCUGAACUAAGAAAUAUGGACGUUGGAGAUUUGAGCAAACGAAUCGCUCUUCGUGCUCAGCUGAGAUGUAAAGGUUUCCAUUGGUAUUUGAAGAAUGUGUUCCCCGAAAGUGUUAUGAUAGCCGGUUACCAGGUCAUUGGUCAGAUCCAACUAUUCGGUACAAAAUUUUGUCUUGACAAAAAUGGCCGUAAGAUAAACCGACAAAUUGGCAUCCAUGGAUGCCAUGGAAAUGGCUACACACAGGGAUUUAGUUAUCAGAAGAAUCACCAAAUUGUCUUCCAUCAAAAUGAGUGUUUAAGUCUUGCGAAAACGGAAAAUAUCACCAUACCAUCUGAAGCAAAAUUACUCAAUGAUCCAAAUCUUUUGACUCGCGGCGUGAAUACAACAAAUCACGUAGUACUUUUGCAGUGUAAUGCAACGAGCGGCGAAAAGUGGACAUAUAAUGAAAAUAUACAUCAAAUAAAGCAUCUUGACACCGGCUUGUGUCUGUCGACAGAUACGUGGAACGCAAUUGCAGCUCCAUGUAAUUUGGAUGACAAUAAACAAAAAUGGAUAAUCUCAUCGUUUGAAGAAUACUCAAGAAAAUUGUUAGACAAUUUUAAUCCAAUUGAUCCAAAUAAUCCAUGAAAUUAAUUCUGACUUGUUCACAUUUUAUCAUAGACAUAACAAUUCAAUCCAUGAUUUAUUUGAACUCGUUUGCACGAAAAACAAUCUUCGAAUCAUUUUUUUUGUACAUAUAAAAGAAACCCAAAUCGAAUA